UUCUUUUGCGAAUAUUAGAACCUAAAUAACAAUCCAAUUUGCACAUUUUUACCAUGGCAAGACUCUCCUCCACCAUCGAAACCCCUUACCAACGCCAUAGACACAACGAUCGCCGCCGCACUCCCGACUCCGAUGUCUCCAACGAUCGCCCUCGCUACCGUCGUAGCCCUAGCUACGACUCCUACGACGAUCGUCACACAGACCGCCACCGUCGCCGUUCAAUAUCCCCUGAAAACCGAAACCCUAGACACCACGAUAACGGAAAUUCAAACGGAAACCAUCUUCCAAAGAAAUUCGGACACCGUAAUAACGGUUCCUAUCUCGACCGCAACGAUUCUCGGCGUAACGAGUCUGAAUCUGAUGAAGAAUUGAAGGGAUUGAGUUAUGAAGAGUAUCGCAGAUUGAAGAGGCAGAAGAUGAGGAAAUCGUUGAAGCACUGUAUUUGGAAUGUUACGCCGAGUCCUCCGAGACGCGAGAACGAUGAUCUUGAAGAUUAUGGUAAACCUGAAGAAAUUUCUGAGAUAAUUGAUGUGAAGAAGGAUAAGGAGAUUAAACAGAAAGCAAAAUCUGAGUCUGAAUCGGAGGAAUCUAAAGAAUCUGAUUCGGAAUUGAGGAAGAAGAGGAGAAAAAGUUAUAAGAAGUCGCGUGAAAGCGAUAGUGAAUCUGAGUCUGAAUCAGAAGUGGAAGAUAGGAAGAGGAGAAAGAGUAGGAAGUAUAGUGAAAGUGAUAGCGAUACCAAUUCCGAAGAAGAAGAUCGUAAGAGGAGGAGGAGAAGGAAGAGUAGUAGAAGGAGAAGGAAGAGUAGCAGGAAGAAGAGAAGGUGUAGUGAUUCAGAUGAGAGUGAAACUGAUGAUGAAUCUGGCUACGAUGAUAGUGGAAGAAAGAGGAAGCGAUCGAAACGGAGUAGAAAAAGUAAGAAGAAAAGUUCUGAACCGGUUAGUGAGGGUUCGGAGGAAAUUGAGUUGGGUUCUGAUUCGGCUGUUGCGAAGAUUAAUGAAGAAAUUGAUGAUGUUGAUGAGGAGAAGAUGGCUGAGAUGAAUGCUGAGGCUUUGAAGUUGAAGGAAUUGUUUGAGUCACAGAAGAAACCGGCUUUGGAUGAUGAUGAACCACCGGUUGGACCAAUGCCGCUUCCAAGAGCUGAGGGGCAUAUAAGUUAUGGUGGUGCGCUUAGGCCGGGUGAAGGAGAUGCUAUUGCGCAAUAUGUUCAACAAGGGAAACGUAUUCCCCGGAGAGGAGAAGUGGGUCUUUCUGCGGAGGAGAUUUCGAAGUUUGAGGAACUUGGUUAUGUGAUGAGCGGUAGUAGGCAUCAGAGGAUGAAUGCAAUUCGUAUUAGGAAAGAAAACCAGGUUUAUAGUGCUGAAGAUAAGCGUGCUUUGGCUAUGUUUAAUUAUGAAGAGAAGGCUAAAAGGGAGCAUAAGGUUAUGGCUGAUUUGAAUCGGCUUGUGCAGCGUCAUAUUGGUCAGGAUGUUGGUCCAAUUCAUGAUCCUUUUGGUGCAAAAGAUGGUUCUGAUUGAUAUUCAUGUGAUGAAGGAAAGUGAGAUAGGAGUUGUGAAGUGAUCAUGGAAGAAAACGUCAUCAGUUGGAGAUAAAUCAAUUGCAAAGGAUGAUUGAGCAUUGGAUUUGUCAUGGACUCUUGUGGAGCAAGAGUGGAGAGAAGUUGUUUAGGAGAACUCUUGAGAAGAUGAAGAGGAGGAGGAUGGUGAAGAAGGAUGCUUUGGUGAUGCAGCUUAUAACUGAAUCGACUGAUUAAUUUUUCCGCCUUCAAUUUGUUUUUCUACAUUGUUUUCUCUGCUCUUUUGGUGUUGUGUUCCAUAACAAUUGAGGUUUGUUUUGAAAGACAGACAAGAUUCUGAAAUUCUAGCUCUAUAAUAACUUACUUUCUGGUGAAGAGAAAUGGAAAGCUUUUUUGUUA